CGGUGGCAUGCGUCUGGCUGCGUUCGCCCUGCUGUGCGUCACGAGCGCGCUUACGUCCAACGAGUUUCACCUAAGUCUCGUCGGCGAUGGCUCUGGCGACUACAUGCUGGACUGGGUCACGGCGGCUGACGCCACGGCCUCUACCAUCUACUACGGCAGCGCCAGCUCGAGUUUGACCCAAAAGGCUGUGGGCGUCGCCGCCGGCAGCGUCGCCGAGUCGAGUGAUCUGAACGUAGCGUGCUGGACGGCGCGUCUCUCCGGUAUCAAGGCGGGUGCUACUGUCUACUACGACCUCGCUUCUGCAGGAUCGUCGGCCAAGUCGUUCACAGCGACACCCGCCAACGCGAUGACGUGGGCCGUGUUUGGCGACAUGGGCGCGACGGUGCUGGGGAAGGCCUCGGGUAUAACGCUCCCAGCGCUCAAGAGCGGUCUCAGCGCCAACGCGUUCCACGGAAUCCUCAACAUUGGCGACCUUGGCUACGAGCUCGUGGGCUCGAACGGCGCUGCGUACAUGCAGCAGCUCGAGCCGCUCACGUCGGCCGUGCCGAUGCACACGACGAUCGGCAACCACGAGAUGCAGUAUGCGGCCCAGGGUGCGAUGCAGAACUACGUGAAUCGCUUCAAAGGUCUCCUCGUCGGCGCCGGUGAAGCCAGCGGGUCGGGCUCCAACACGUUCUACAGCUUCAACGCGGGGUAUGUCCACUUUGUGUUUCUCAACACAGAGGUCUACGGCGACGAAGCCUUCAUGGCGCCGACCCAAGACGGCAACAAGUGGGUUCCGAACGACGCGGCGCGAGUCCAGAUGCAGACGGACCAGAAGAGCUGGCUCGAGUUCGACCUGAGUCGCGUCAAGCGCGAGGUGACGCCGUUCGUCGUGGUUUGCGGCCACCGCCCUCCCAACCACAUUCCGACGUCGGCUUCGACUGGCACCAACAAGUUUGCAAAGGACCUUGUGCCGCUCUUCGACAAGUACGCCGUCGACCUCAUGCUCACAGGACACGAGCACGCGUACUAUAACAUCAAGCCGAGCAAAAUUGGCAGCUACAACUUUCCGCCCUGGAUCAUCUCGGGUGCCGCGGGCAACAACGAGUUUAUUCGCCCAACGGCCAAGGUGGAGCUCGACACGAGCGUCUUCACCGUCGUGACCAACAUUAACAACUAUGGCUAUGGCUACCUCACUGCGACGGCCGAGAAGCUCUCUUGGGUCUGGGGCCAAGCCGCGACCGACUCGCCCGGGGGCAUGGCGUCCCAGCCCGCGCCGUGGGCUCAAAUGGACAAGGCCGAAUUUCUCAAGAAGACGCUUACGAACCCGACGCCUGUGGGGAAGCCGCUCGUCGUGCCGGCGCCAAACGCGACGAUGCCAGUGGGCAAUGCGACGUCAACGCCAUCGUCCAGCAGUCCAGCGACCAAGGAUGGAAGCAAAGCCACCGCGAGUAGUGCCGUGACGCUGAUGCUGAGUGCCUGUACUGUUGCUCUCAUGGCGAUGGCCUCCGUGUAAGCCACCAUAGCCCGUUUACUCUUGCGUGCAAGUUUAUUCUACGAUAAAACGCC